AUGGCGGAACCCAACCAUACUGCGAAUGCCCCGUCGGCGGUUGAGUCGACCGCAGCUGUGGAGAACCCGGCCCAUCCUGUUAUUGCAAAUGAUGACGCCGAUUUCAUCGAUGCAGAUGAUGAUAGUCUUGCUUCGUCGACCACGAGUAUCGCCGACUCAAUACGCGGCUAUCGGCUGGAAAACGGACGCACCUAUCACAAGUACAAGGAUGGCAGUAAAUUCAUUCUGGUCCACACUUGA